GAGAGGAUGACUCACUCCCGUCUGAUGUGAUGUUUCACCCCGCAACAGCUCGGCAGUGCGGUGGCACGCCGCUGCUUCAGCCUGACACGUCGGUGUUCUCCACCAAGAACAUAUAUAAAAAAGAAAACUUUAUGAAACUGCCCAGCCGCCUCCCGGCUCGAGCUUGUUUUGUAAACUUGAGCGGCCGUCACUCGUAGUUUGGAAGGAGAGACUCGGCGUCGUGAUUGAAUUUCGUGACGGUAAUUGCCAUGGAAACAGUAGCGCUCGUGCGCCGUGAGGGCGGGAACUGUCCGCGUUAACUUCAGGGUCGGAUAAACCUGUUGGAUGCACUAUUAAUAAAUUUUAAUAACAAUAUUAACGUCUUGAAAUCCAUCGCGCCUGCGUUGACUUGACUUUUCCGCUGUAACUUCACCACCAACCAGGUGAGGAAUAUGGAACCUAAAACAGAGAAGAGGUUCCACAACUUGACCCUCGAGCAAGUCCAGGCCCUCGACCAAGUCUUGACCGAGGUGAUCCCAAUUCACGGGCGGGGAAACUUCCCCACACUGCAGGUUAGGGCGAAAGACAUCAUCCGAGUGGUGAAGGACCGGCUGAUCGAAAGAGACAUCCAGGUUAAAGAUAUCCGCCUGAACGGAGCGACGGCCAGCUACAUCCUGGUGAGAGAUAACGGCCUGGGCUACAGAGACUUGGACAUCAUCUUCGGCGUGGAGCUGCCCAGGCAGGAGGACUUCCAGGUGAUUAAGGAGGUGGUGCUGGGCAGCCUACGAGACCUCCUCCCUUGUGGGGUCAACAGACGGAAGAUCACCUGCCUCACAAUGAAGGAAGCGUACGUGCAAAAGAUGGUGAAAGUCUUCAACGAGCACGACCGCUGGAGUCUGAUCUCGCUUUCCAACAACCGAGCUAAAACUGUGGGACUCAGGUUCGUCAGCUCCCUUCGGAGGCAGUUCGAGUUCAGCGUGGACUCGUUUCAGAUCAUCUUGGAUCGGAUGCUGGAGUUCUACUGGGAGACGGAAAGAAAACAAGGAGGAACGGUGACGCUGAGUGCUGGGACUUUGUCUAAAAGAGACAACAAGGAUGGCAACAAGGAGCAAGAACCACCAAGCGCUCCUAAAGACAAUGAAGAGAACAAAGAUUCAACAACCAGGACAGACGCUCCACAUCUGGAUGAAGCUGUUGCUGCUUUUGCUAAAGAGCUUCCACGGGAAGAGAACGAGGGAAAGCACGAGGCACAGCUGGUGUCUGAUCCUGAAAUAAAUCCUUCMCAGCAGGCGGAAGACGAUGUGGACGACAUUGAAGAUGUUCCUUCAGACGACAUAUCCGAAGUGUUUGAACUUUGUGAGGAAAGCGGGCAACACAAGGAAUCAUUUAACCAUGAUUAUCCAUCAGCGGCUUCCUCAAAAACUUUAUUUAAAGAUGCCGUGGAUCCAGUGAUGACACGCGAAAGUUUGAAGCUCCAAACUGAAGAAGAAAUACCCGAGAUGGUGUCUGUAACCGACGCUGGAGUAUUAGCUUCACAGGAAGCAACCGUUUGUGAAAAGAGUUCACAGUUUGAAGUAGACAUCGGCAGGACUGAAAAUACUCCAGCAGGCCAAGACUCACACUUUGAAUUCUCCUUUCCUCCCCCGGCUAAAAAGACUUGCAGCACUUCACAGGACAUUGUGCCRGAGUACUGCCCUUCACCGAAAUUACAGAGAAAAAUGUCUCGGAAGUUGAUCAGCAAGCCUGAAAAAUGGUCCUUACUCUCUGACGUGUCUGACCUCACCACACAGCUCUUUGCACCCAUAGACAUACUGAAACCUGCUCAGCCAACUAAUCCCACACUGGAGCAAGUUCACAGCUCAGAUGUUUCAUGCUCAAAAUCAGAAGGCGCCCCUACAGUUCCCACGUCCAGUCCAGCCAGUUCUCCUCAGAAAGGCAAACGUCCAGAGCAGACUGUAAAGCCAAAGAAGCCUCCAGAUUUAGAGGCUCAAAGUCGAACGUGUUUGACAAACCUUUCUGUAGGAGACCCUGAACCUGCUGACCCCAUCUCAGUCUGCCCUGGCUCAGGCUCAUGGGUCACAGCUGAAGGGGAGCCCAUCAUUGCAGUUGAAGCCAAGUGCAUGUACGGAGACUUUGACCAGGCGAUGGAACACCUUCGCCACCGCCUCAUCGCCACACACAACCCGGAGGAGAUCCGCGGAGGGGGGCUGCUGAAGUACAGCGACCUGCUGGUGAGGAACUUUAGGCCAGCCAGCGAGACUGAGAUCAAGUCCUUGGAGCGCUACAUGUGCUCCCGCUUCUUCAUCGACUUUCCCGACGUGAGCGAGCAGCAGCGAAAAAUCGAGGCCUACCUGCACUGCCACUUCGUCGGCAGCGAGGAGGCGAGCAAGUACGACUACCUGAUGACCCUGCGGCGGGUGAUCGACGAGAGCACGGUGUGCUUGAUGGGACACGAGAGGCGGCAGACGCUCAACAUGAUCACCGUCCUGGCUUUGAGGGUGCUGGGCGAGCAGAACGCCAUCCCCAACACGGCAAACGUGACCUGCUUCUACCAGCCGGCGCCGUACAUGUCAGAGCCCAUUUACAACAGCUACUUCAUCCCUCAGGCCCAGCCCCCGCUCGUCUACCACCCCUACCCUCUACACGUUCACAUGCAGACCGGACUCGUGUAGCCGAAGUGCCCCCGCGAAGGCAUGCCGCCUGCUUUUUUUUCCCCCCAGCAUGGUGCUCUGCACAGCAGCACGAAAUGGAAGAUUUGAUCAACAACCAGACAACCACGGGGCGCAGCGCUCAUGUUUUUAAAUCCCUCCUGCUUCUAACGUCAAAGAAAACAAGAGGUCAGGAAUGAGAGGCUGGUGGAGGCCAACAUGCUCGCUUUUAAUGAKACCACGAGGAAAGGAACACAAGGAGUCCAACUUUCUGAAAGGAUUUGAUCAGAGUUGAGGGUCUUUCUGUGUGGACGUUCAGGUUUGGGGAGUUCUGUACUGACGGUCCUCUUGUGUUGAAAGGACUGUGACGUGGUCAAGAUUUUAUGGCUAAACUUCUCUAAUUAUAACCCGUCAAACACCCGUCGGCUAGAAAAAUCUCGGUUUGGGUAAAGUUCGAGUCGUGAUUAGAAUCCCAUUGAUGUUUUCGUGAAUCAUCUGUCUCUGUGGGGUAAAGUUCAAUCUGUGACCUGUUGAAAAUAUAUAACACCAGUUAACUUGGGAAUAAGUAGAUYGUGGUACUUCCAUAAUGUGGUAAAUGUAUUUGUGAACGCCUCAUUUCAGAGGAAUCCAGGGUUUCAUACUAUUAGUGACUGUAUAAGAAUAAUUACUGAUGAUAGUAUUUAGGUAGUCAUAAAACUAGUUUCUGACAGUUUUUACACAACUUUGCAAAAACAUUUAUUGUAAUCAAUUUAUAGCAUUGUGUUAGAUUACCAUAACAAAAUUAAACGUAAAACUUCAUUCAAGAGUGGGUUAAAUUUCUGAACACCACAACCUUACAUUAGGUAGGACUAGUAGUGAUUCAUGUGAUCUGGUAAGGUUUUGUUUUUUCCAAAAUGGUAAAAAAGAAAUAAAAUCAAAUAAAGAUUUUCUUAAAGAUUAGAACAACCUUGACAAAAUGCCGAGCGUUGUUUCUGUCCUUAGGAACAGUCUUCUUUUACACAUCAGUAAUAGCAACUCAAAUUGUCACUUUUGGGAGUAAGAAGUAUAAAAAUUUAACUUUAUCUGUUGAUGCAUUUCAGAUAGGCCUUACAUUAUAAGGUUUUGCUUCUUUGGUUUGUGAAUUUUUCCAAGAAAAAAAAAAAAAAACAAGCCAAAAAGGGUCUUUCACACACAAAGACAUAGGAAAAAUACAACAAAUCACAAAACACUAAUUUUGUCUUCUUUAUGAAGCAGUCCUGUAAAUGACUAGUUUAGUUCAAGUAAUUUUUAUUUGUUUGUGUGUUGGAAUUAAACCAUGCAUGUCGUUGAUUCUCAGGCUGAAAGCUUAAUAAUGUACAUUAUAUAGUCUUGUCUUACCAUUAAAGUGUCUCUAUUUUGAGUCAACGUGAUGGUGAAUGUACAAAGAUUUGUGUCUGAACKUGGAUUUGAGGCUUUUUUUAUUGGUGGGUUCUGAUCAGAUUGGAUGAGCUGCAAUUUAAAUUUACAACUCAAAGUUUUUAUUCACUACUUCUAAACUGUGGUGUCGAUAGUUUCACAAAAACACAGCUUUUUCCACCCUCAGAUUAAUUGUGCUCAACGAAACGGAAGCAAUCUGUUCAAAGUUAAAAAGAUGAAUACGGGGUAGUUUAUUUGUAUUAUCUAAAAACUUCCAAAAAAUAAAAUCAAGCAAGUAAUGCAGAACAAGUAUAUUUGUACUGACAGCCUGGCAAAAUAAAAAUAAGUGUUUAUUUGUCUAGAUUUUCACAGCUUAAAAUGAUUCAUUUUUACAAUUUUCAUGUGGCGAAGCAUCACAGCAGUUUGCCGCUUGCUGAUUAUUUCACUUUUAAUUUUCAGGCUGAAUUUGAACCCAACUCUUUGCUGGAAAUGCAGAAAGCAUGUUGAAUGUUUUUGUGACGCUCACGGAUUGUGUGUUUCUUAUAUUGAAUGAAGAUAAGUUAUGUGGAGUUUCUGCCUGCUGUUGUGUGCAAAACUGUUACUGCGUAUUUUAAUUAUUUAAGGUGACAAUAAUACAGCCGAUGGUUAUUUCUCUGUUUGUGUGGUUGUUCACUGCGUGCACACAGUUACAUGUAUCGAGUGUUUAUUUUUAAUGACUGAAGCACAGCUUAGGAUAUGUGAGGCCGAAGCACAAUAUAAAUGAACUUAGAUGUUGUCRAGUCAUGAAGGUGUUUGACAUGCUUGUAAUUAAUCGAGUACACACUGAAAACAAUACUGUGUGCAUCUGUCCCCCCAGUGUAGCUUCCAAGUGGUUGUAUUGAUCUUUGAGGUGUGUUUUGUGUCGUCAUGAAGCUGUUAUGAUCACAAAAGAAACAGAAAUAUUUGUGCUAUGAUAUCUUGUAGUGUUAAUGUGAUAAUAAAUGUAACAAAGCUG